GCCCCCCCAAAGCGAGGAUGGGUUCGGAGUGCGAAUAAGUACAAAACGCAAAUUAGAGGGAGAGAGAAAAUUCUAAAAUCACUCAAGUGGGACACUGAGCUUCGGAACGAGCUCUUGAAUCUUGAAAUUUUUGGCUUUCAGUUUCUCAUAGUUUGGGCUAGCAGAAACAGUGUUUGGUUGAGGUCUGCAUUUCAGUUUUAGUUGUUAUGGGUGAGGAAGAUGUGGUGUCUGAAAAGCUUGAGCCUGUGGCAAAUGGAAGCACGGAGGAGGAGAAAAAGACUGAGGUGGAGGAAAAAACUGAGGCUGUAACAGAUAAGAAAGGGGAGCAGCAUGAUGGAGUGACAGAGAUGGAAGAAGAUAAAAGAGAUGCUGACAAAGUUGAGGCUGAGGAAAUGGAUGUGGACAAAGAAGAGGUCAAGGAAAGCAGUAAAAUUGAAGAGAAGGCAGAGGAUGACAAGGUAGCAAACGAAGUUGCAAAAGAAGGUGGAGAAGAAGCAGCAAAAGAAGAUGAGAAAGAAGUAGCAAAAGAAGAUGAGAAAGAACUAGCAAAAGAAGAUGAGAAAGAAGUAGCAAAAGAAGAUGAGAAAGAAGUAGCAAAAGAAGAUGAGAAAGAAGUAGCAAAAGCAGGUGAAAAAGGAGCAGAAGAAGGAGAAAAGGAAGCAGCAAAAGAAGGAGAAAAAGAAGAAGGAAAGGAAGAGACUGAUGCUGACAAAGAAAAGCAGGAAACCGGUGGAGAAGAUGGAAAUGAGGAACCCAAGAGUGAGGAAAUGGAGGAAGAAUCUGCGGAGAAAACCAACAAAGAGUCUGAGGAUAAUGUUGAAGAAGAGGCUGACGGAGUGAAAGAGGAUGAAGAUAAGCCAGAAGUGCCUAAGGAAGAGAAAGGCUCGAAGAAACGCCCCAGGUCAAAGAGUAGUGCUGGGAAGACGGAUAAAAGUAAGAAGAAGGAGCCGGAAGAAGAGGAGAAGGAACAGAAAACCCCAACUGAGAAAAAGAAGAAAGAGCCAAAAACCUCAGCAGAGAAAAAGGAAAAGGAGCCGAAGACCCCCGCUAUUUCCACAAUUGAACGCCCUAUACGCGAAAGGAAAUCUGUAGAAAGGUUGGUUGCUACUAUCGAGAAGGACUCUGCUAGGGAAUUCCAUAUUGAGAAGGGUCGUGGAACAGCGCUGAAAGAUAUCCCAAAUGUGGCAUAUAAGUUGUCAAGAAAGAAGACCGAUGAUACGUUCAAAUUGCUGCAUACUAUUAUUUUUGGGAGGAGAGGAAAGGCUGCUCAAGUGAAGAGCAAUAUUUCAAGGUUCUCUGGGUUUGUUUGGCAUGAUAAUGAGGAAAAGCAAAUGAUUAAAGUCAAAGAAAAACUUGACAAGUGCGUCAAGGAGAAACUAGUAGAGUUCUGCGAUGUCCUUGAUAUACCAAUUUCCAAGGCUAAUACCAGGAAGGAAGAUAUAAUUGCCAAGUUGAUAGAAUUUUUGGUCGAACCUCACGCAACUACCUCUGAUUUGAUUGCUGAAAAAGAGCAGGGGAAAAAGAGAAAGAGGGUCAGCAAAUCAGCAUCUGGGAGUAGCUCGCCAUCAAAAGGAUCAGCGAAG